AUGGCCAAUCACACAGUUGUGACAGAAUUCCUCCUGCUGGGAUUCUCAGAGGUCCGGGAGCUGCAGCUGGCCCACACCGUGCUGUUCCUCCUGGUCUACCUGGCAGCCCUGAUGGGGAAUAUCCUCAUCGUUGCUGUUACCGUUCUCGACCGGUGCCUCCACACCCCCAUGUACUUCUUCCUCAGGAACCUGUCCGUCCUCGACCUCUGCUACAUCUCCGUCACCGUCCCCAAAUCCAUCCUCGACGCCUUGGUCAACAACAGAUCCAUCUAUUUCAGAAACUGUGUGGCCCAAGUCUUUUUAGUGGAUCUGUUUGCUGCUUCGGAGCUGUCCUUCCUCACGGCGAUGUCCUACGACCGCUAUGCUGCCAUCUGCCACCCCCUGCGCUACAACCUCAUCAUGGAUGGAGGGGCCUGUGGAAAGAUGGCGGCUGCCUCCUGGCUCAGCGGGGGGUUCUUCGGGGCGAUGUACUCGGCCGGGACGUUCACAUUAGAAUUCUGCGAGUCCAACGUGAUCCAGCAGUUUUUCUGCGACGUCCCUUCCUUACUAAAGAUCUCCUGCUCGGAAACGCACGUUGUCGUUGACGUCACCGUGGUUAUGGGUAUCGCCUUUGCUUUCGUCUCCUUCAUCUCCAUCGUCGUCUCCUACGUCCGCAUCUUCUCGGCCGUGCUGAGGUUCCCGUCCACCGAGAGUCGGGCCAAAGCCUUCUCCACCUGCCUGCCCCACCUCACCGUCGUCACCCUUUUCCUCUCGACCGGUGCCUUUGCUUACCUAAAGUCCCUGUCAGACUCGCCCUCGGCCCUCGACCUCGUGGUGUCCAUGUUCUACACCGUGGUGCCCCCCACCCUGAACCCCCUCAUCUACAGCCUGAGGAACAGGGACAUGAAGGCCGCCUUGAGGAAAGUUUGUGGCUGA